AUGGCUGCUUCUUCUGAAACUCCAUCCGUUGUAGAAAAAAAUACUUCAUCGGUUAUGUUGAACAUCAAACCCAACCAAAACCUCAUUCUGGACCUCUCUUCUUCCAAGUACGCUGAAUAUAUCCAACCAAUGAUCAAGUGCCUAUGUUACUCUUUGUUGUCUCAAGCCCUAAUAGUGGCUGAGAAUGUCCCAUUGGUAAAUCUUUCCAAGGCCUUCUCCACUACAAGAUACCAACAAAGUGAGGUUGUGAUAACGUUUGAGAUUGAUUCCCACAAAACUUACAUCUCUAAAGCUCGAUUCAGCAGAAUGCUAGGGUUUUCUUCAUCAGAGGGUCUGGUCAAUCCGGAAUCAAUUUCUUCAUUUGUGAUUCUGGAGAUGUUCUACCAAAUAGGGUAUCUAGAAAACCUCUCUCUCCUAUUGAAGUUCAAGAAGCCCAACCUUCCUCCUAUGUGGAAUGGAUUUUUCACUCUAUUGUUUAAGAGCUUCUUAGAAAUCGAAUGCUCUUCCGAAACAAGGGGAGAAACUAAGAAGACAUCUGGUGAAGAACCCAAGAAAAUAGUUGGUGAUUCUGAAAAAGUAAAAUUGGUUGAUGAUGAUGAUGAAAAAGAAGAAGAUCUAUCUGAAGGGGCAAAGCUUAAAAGAAAUAAAGGUGAUAAAGAACUUGAUGAAAUUGAGAAUGUUGCUAAAGAAGUUGAAGCUUGUGAAAAGGAUGCUCGUGAUGCAUAA